AUGUGCGGGAGAUAUUCCAUGUCGUACGGGCCCGGGGAAUUACCCGUGAUGUUUGGGCACCAGGGACUUCAGGUGGAUAGAGUGGAGGGUGCUGACGGCUGGUCGAAUAAGCGGUACAACGUUGGCCCACAGAACGUGGAGCCAGUGUAUUUCUUCUCGGUGGAGCACGCUGAGCACACUCAUUUGCUUCGGUACAUGAAGUGGGGGGUGACACCGAAAUGGGCGUCGAAAACAACCCGACUAUCCACUUUCAACGCACGCUAUGAGGGGAUCAAGGAAAGCAAAUUAUGGACCGGCUGUGUGGGGCACCGCUGCGCGGUUCCGAUCGAAGGCUACUUUGAGUGGAAGACAGAACCAUCAAAAGCGAAGCAGCCGUGGUUUAUUCGCCGCAAGGACAAGGAAUUGAUGUUUCUUGCUGGCUUGUACAACGUCACUCCAGAGGGCAACUACGAGUUUACAAUCAUCACCUGGGAGGCCCCGAAGCAGCUGGAGUGGUUGCAUCCACGAAUGCCUGUGGUACUCACUCCGGGCACCAAGGAGUUUGAUAGCUGGCUGGGUACUAGGAGUUCCGACUGGGAUGAGGUGAAGAAGUUGCUGAACAUCUACAACGACGACCAGCUGGAAUGGUUCAAGGUGAAGAAAGAGGUUGGUAACGUGCACAACGACGGUAAACAGUACGUCGAGCCUUUGAAGGAAUUGCAGGGGCUAGGAAACUGGCUCAAACAGGAUAAGGCUGGGGAUGAGAAGAUUGUAAAGAAAGAGGAGGAUGCAGAGGUUUCAACCAAGAAGGAAGAUCCCGAGCUGGCUCUCGACAACGAGAACAGAACGGGCUCUUUCGCCAACAUUAAGCAGGAAUCGACCCCACCACGUAAACGCCCUCACAGCUCGCCGGAGUCCCCCACCACCCCCUCCAAACGCCAAAGUACGCUCACAAAUUUCUUACGCAAAUAA